AUGGAAAAUAAAAACGAGAAGAAAAGAAAAGAAAAGAAGGCAGAAGAAGAGAAGGAAUUUAAUAGGAGGAAAAAGAAAGGAGAAGGGGAGGCAGAAGGGAAAAAAGAAAAGCAGUCCUUACAAACUGCGCUGAAAAUCUUUCGACCUGAAGCGGCGUUAGUUGGAAAACACGCUCAAGAACAUAUACAACUCCCUGGUUUCCCAAUGGAUCCGUCACAGUCAGCGUAUGGCCUUCGACAUUCGACGUACGGUAGGCCUCGAGAAGCCCACAGCUCGUCUCUUCCAUCUCGACACUAUCCGCCUUCCUCUAUUCCAGCGAGCCAUGCCCAACAGCCGCAUUUCGACCCGAUAGCGAGCUCACGGCGAGAAUCAGGCAGUCACUUCUCACGCCCUGCACCGCCUCCAACCGCGCUGGCAUACCCGUACUCACAAGACAAUAACCCACAUUCACAUACGCAGCACCAGUAUCAGCAUCAACAUCAGCAUCAGCAUCAACAUCAGCACCAUCUCCAGCAGCAGCAACAUGCGCCACGUCCAAGACCUGACGCCCCAACGCGUGAGCAGGCGGCUGGUAAGCUUGAAGUGGAGGAGCCAAAAGGACCGCCUAACGGGAGUUUUCUUCCUCUGGCCUGUUCCCGAGACGGCGGCUACCUUGAUGUGCAUUGCAUUGCAGGCAAGGCCAUCGCUGCUGGGUUUCUUCUUGCACUCCUAGCACUGGAACGACAAGAAUAA